CACUCCUGCUGCCUCUCCUAGCUCUCCCAUUACUUCCGCGGGGAUCCCUUCGCCUCCACUCUCAGUAGCCGCGAUCCCAGCGCUGCCUUCAAGACUGCCCGCUGGAAGGUACACGCAAAGCACCAUUCGAUUUGCGCGUACCCGAGUUCCUCACAUCAGGCUAGAGACUUCCCGACCUGCUGCUGAUGCAACGCCAUCUGCGACCCAAGAGGCGGGAACGUCUGCUUCAGCCUCUGAUCCGACGCCGAGCACGGGAAGCCACUCUCGUCUCAUCCCCGACCCCGAUGCACUUCUUGCAGAACUGAAGGCGAAGGCCGAAGAGCAGUGGUACGGCAAAUACGGCAAUGGAGGUGUCGACAUUCAGAAGCAGACUAUGGUGAAGCACUCCCAAAGCAAGAAGCACGAGGCUGCGGAGGAUCGGCAGAAACAGUUGGAUGGUCUAAACGCUGCGCAGCCGAGCAUUGCCGAUUUCAACGACAAUCAGGGAGCCGACGCGCGGCUUAGGCAGUUGAUGAUUGUUGUGCUUUGGAUUUGCAAGUCUGAUGCUUCUAUUGCCAUGUUUGUUUCUCUGGUCCGUCUUCUCUAUGACCUCCGCACUCCCCACAUCCCCGAGAAAUCCCCCGGGUCUUACCAAUCUGAGUACGGCUUCAAGCAAAUCACAGAAGCACUCGUCGUUUACCUUCGAGCACAGCAGAUGAAGCACAUUCAACAGUCGCCGUUCGUGGGCAUCCAGCUCGACGAGAGCACCGAUAGGAGGCGGGGUAAACACAUGAUUGUGUACCUCACCUUUUUGAAGAACGCGAAGGUCGACAUCACCAAGGUGGCCCAGCUAGUAGAGAACACAUGCAGCAUCCUCCGCUCUCGCUACGUAGAGUAUGGCGUCAACUUCGGCGAGGAUUCCAAGCUACUCACCGAGUUUUUGGAGGAGCAUGGCCCGAAGAACAAGCGGAUGGUGACAGUGGAGGGCAUUGACGGCGCUGGCAACCCGACGGCUCACACCUUUAAGCUGCACGAGAAAGCUCUGUCAGGCCAGAAGAGUGAGGGAGACAUGGAGUCAUGCAUCUCCCUUGUCACCCUUUUUGUGCAGGCCAUCAUCCGCAACUUGGAGUCGCGGAUGGAGAGCCUCAACAGUCUCCGUGGGUCGAAACUGUUCUUCCCCGACGCUUACCCCGACUCCGUUGCAAAGCGCGACCGUCUGAGUUGAUUGGGGCAAGGCGGAAAGGGAGCUGCCUCGAUUCACGCGCAUGCUCCACGGUCAUUACAAGGAUACGUCAUUCCACAACUGCUUGAAGAACAUUCUCAGAUCCGAAGACUGGCGCACCUCCUACCCCA